AUGGAGAAAUCUGAAGAUUUGCAUAGUCCCUCUAGGGAAGGACCAAGACGUCACUCAUCAACAAGCAAUACCAGUGAUGAGGAAUCUUCAAUAUCGUCACAAUCACAUCCAUCUCGCACGCCAACGAAUAACAACAAUCGAGCCAACUCGGAUACUUACUCUCUUGGCGACAAUGGCUGGGAGAGUAUCAGAGCGCCUGCCAAUGGCAUGUCCAUGAUGCGAACUGUAUCACGAAGAGAAUCAGCUUUAUCUCGAAUCCGAUCCAGACCGGUACCGCAAUUCACUCAUCCCUUGGCUCAUGUCAAGACAACGGAGGACCAAAUUGUCGAUUUUGACGGGCCCGAUGAUCCCUAUCGCCCGAUGAACUGGCCUAUGAAGAAGAAGGUCGUCACUACCGUGCUAUAUGGGUUCGUGACAAUGAGUGCAACUUGGGCCUCAUCAUCCUACUCGUCAGGAACACGUCAAGUCGCCGAACAGUUUUCUGUUGGAACACAAGUUGCCACACUAGGAACGACCCUUUUCCUCGUUGGAUUUGGCAUUGGGCCUCUUCUUUGGGCUCCUUUGUCAGAGGUCUACGGAAGACGGCAGGCCGUACUCAUCCCCAUGUUUAUUGCGAUGUGCUUUAGUUUUGGCUCAGCAGUCGCAAAGGAUCUCCAAACACUUAUGAUUACACGUUUCUUCUGUGCUUUCUUCUGUUCUGCGCCUGUGACAAACACUGGGGGUGUUCUGGGAGAUUUGUAUGCUCCGACGGAGAGAGGCAUCGCAAUGGCAGGAUAUGCGAUGGCAGUUGUGGGCGGUCCUGUUCUAGGUCCCAUUGUAUCGUCUGCUUUUGUACAAGACCCAAGUCUGGGCUGGAGGUGGACCGAGUACUUGACGGGAAUCAUACAAAUCAUAUUCCUGACAUUGGCGGUUAUCUUUGUAGAUGAGUCGUAUCCACCCAAGCUUCUCAUCUACAAGGCUCGAAGAUUACGACACGAAACAGGAAACUGGGCACUCCAUGCCAAGUUCGAAGAGUGGGAUGUUAGCAUAUCAGAGCUUGCCCGGAAAUUCCUGGUCCGUCCUAUUCAACUUAUAAUGACCCCAAUCUGCUUUCUCGUCGCUCUCUACGCCAGUUUUUGCUACGGAAUUCUUUACAUGCAGCUAGGUGCCAUUCCUAUUAUCUUUAGAGAGAUCAGAGGAUGGGGAACGCUUGUGUCUUCUCUUCCUUUCCUCUGCAUUCUUCUUGGGGCCAUACUCGGCUGUUCAGCAAACGUCUACAACCAACUGCUUUAUAACAAAGCUUACCACGCAGCUGGGAACAGAGCUGUGCCUGAGAAGCGACUUCCGCCUAUGAUGGUUGGAUCCGUUAUAUUCAGCGGUGGUCAGUUCGUAAUCGCCUGGACGGGUGGAAACACGGACAUUCACUGGAUCGUUCCUUGCAUUGGUCUAGUCCUGCUAGGAACAGGCUUUUUUACCAUCUUCCAAGCAGCACUCAACUACCUUGUCGAUACAUUCACCAUGUACGCCGCCUCUGCUAUUGCGGCUAAUACGUUUCUGCGAUCCAUGUUCGCGGCUGCAUUUCCCUUGGUUGUUGGACCUCUUUAUCACAAUAUAGGCGUUGGACCUGGUUCAAGUAUCACAGGUGGUUUUGCGGCGUUGUUGAUACCUGUUCCCUUUGUCUUUUACAUCUAUGGAAAGAGAAUCAGGGCGCGAUCGAAGUGGUCAAAGGCAUCGGUUUAUGACUGA